CGCACGCAAAAAACCACUUUCAAAACAGAAAAUAGUGCUUCAAAAACGCAAGAAAAUGCAAUCAACAGUGAUAACAGUACUUAUGUUUAAAAGAACACUAACAAGAAUACCAACAGUUGAAACAUGAACUUUACAGGACUAGCAUUAAAUCUGAGCUCCAAUUUAACAAGAAAUCUAAUUAUAUACAACAACAACGAACUACAUAACAAUAUAACUGCUUACAACACCACCUACUACCACACAAACAAUAGCAACAACAACAGCAAAAUGUUAGAGACACAUAACAUCACAACGGCACUAUUGAAUGCCACCACACAAACUCUCCUCGAUCCCGAAUUCGAGCAGUACGAGGAAAUCGAUGAAUUAUCACCCGAACUACGCAACUUCGUGCGCAUUGUUGUGCCCUUUUGUUUUGGCAUUUUCGCCGUAUCGGGUUUCUUCGGCAAUACGCUCGUCAUACUCGUCGUGCUCUUCAAUCAACAAAUGCAUUCGACCACAAAUCUGCUGAUUGUCAAUUUAGCCGUUGCCGAUCUCCUCUUCGUCGUUUUCUGCAUACCAUUCACCGCAACCGAUUAUAUAACCGAGUAYUGGCCCUUCGGUGAUUUGUGGUGUCGGACGGUGCAAUAUUUGAUUGUUGUUACKGCUUUCGCGAGCAUUUACACGUUGGUGCUGAUGUCGGUAGAUCGUUUUUUGGCCGUCGUACAUCCAAUACGUUCGCGACAAUUGCGCACCGAGAAGGUGACAAAGAUUGCAAUUGUAACAAUGUGGGUGAUCAUUUUGUCAGUAUCAUUUCCGGUGCCACUGGUGCAUGGAUUAACGAAACUGGAACCGUUUCCAAAUGUCACCUAUGCAUUUUGUACAUUCUACGAGGAUAAUUUGAUCAUCAGCCAAACCAGCUAUCAGCUGAUAUUCUUCGCCUGUUCGUAUCUGCUGCCGCUCAUGGCAAUUAGUGGCCUCUAUGUGCGGAUGAUUAUGCGUCUGUGGCAUCAGGGGAGCGGCGUACAGAUGUCUGUGAAAUCGCAACGUGGCCGCAAGCGUGUCACACGUCUCGUUGUGGUCGUUGUUGUGGCAUUCGCAUCGCUAUGGCUGCCAGUACAGCUGAUUUUGCUGCUGAAAACGCUCGGCAUCUAUCAUUCGAACACGAAAUUCAAACUUCUGCUGCAAGUCAUCGCCCAAACGUUGGCCUACAUGAGCUCCUGCAUCAAUCCGUUGUUGUAUGCCUUCCUCUCCGACAACUUCCGCAAAGCUUUCUAUAAGGCCAUACACURCUCGGAGAGAUAUCAGAAUUACUCAUCGGAUUUGCCGCCGCCAAGGCGUACAUCAGGCGCCCGCACCUCGACCACAGGCCUGUGAAUUACCUGCAGCAGCGACGACGAGGCCCAACAGGGCGUAUAAGUAACAUGCGAAAGGACUGCGAAGUGACGCUGCAACAGCGGAACUCACUCGGCACAGCGACGAACACAUGCUGUGGACGGGCGAGUGUAAUGAUAAAUUAUGUCGCUUAACGCCAACUUUGGCCGCAYAUCCGGCGAUUUGGGUGAAAGAAGUAAAUAAAUAUGUAGAUGUAUGCUUACGUAUGGAUUUAUGUUUGUAAGAAUUUAAUGACAACAGAUAAAUAAAUAAAUUWAAAAAAUAAUUAA